AUGACGGCAAAGAAGUUUCAGUAUCCCACUGUUGAUGUCUGGGCAAACCUCCCCGUUGGGUGCUGCUAUCCCAGAAUGAUUGCUUUGAUGGACGAAGGUGGCAUUUCACAUAUUUGUCUUUCCGCCUGGAGCCGCCCAGGACAGAUGAUCUUCUCGAACGCCGAGGUUGCCUGGUAUACUCGCGCCUACCUGGAUCGAGUCUUCGGUCUCGCCGCCGUCGAUCUUCACAAGCCGGUGGAGGCAGUACGAGAGCUGGAGCACUACGUCAAGGUCGAAGGAUUCGUGGGACUGCGCGUUGUCCCACGGCAAUGGAACCUCCCUCCAACCAACCCUCACUACUGGCCGCUCUUCGUCAAGUGCAUCGAGCUCGACAUCCCGUUCCUGACACAAGUGGGACACACCGCUCCUACCUGCCCUAGUGAGGAUCCUUCGGCUGCUGAGACAGUUGCGGUUGCUUGGAAGCACAAUAAUGUAUACAUCGAAACCAGCGCGUGGUCUCCAAAGUACUAUGUCCCGGAGUUUAUAAAUUUUGCCAACACGACAGGCAGAGAGAAAGUCAUGUUUGGGACCAACUUUCCACAGCUCGGAUGGAAGGCAUGCGUGCACAAUGCCAACGCCCACCUUGUUGGAACUAAGGACGGGUUGAGGGAAAGGGUUGUUAAGAGCUUUAUGGGUGGGAAUGCUCUGCGAGUGUUGAAGCUGCCGUCUGUAAACUUGGAUAGUCUCAACGCUAGUCUCUAA